GUAGCACUGGGAAGCUCUUUCGCUGGGGUUACUCCGGAGACAUUCGGCAGCGUGAGUGGCCAUGGAAACCGCACUGAUCGUCCUGUGCUCUCUGCUGGUGCCUGUGGCCGUGGCGGACGCGAUGAAUCAAGAGAAGGAAAAAGACCCUUUUAACUAUGAUUACCAGAGUCUGAGGAUCGGCGGGUUGGUGUUCGCCGUGGUCCUGUUCUCUGUCGGAAUCCUCCUGAUCCUCAGCAGGCGGUGCAGAUGCAGCUUCAGCCAAAAGCCCAGAGCCCCGGGGGACGAGGAGGCGCAGGCGGAGAACUUGAUUGCCGCGAACGCAACGGGGCCCCCGAAAGCAGAGAACUGAAGUAGAGCCAUCAGAUCAGAGACCUGAGGACAGACGCUUGGACCACAAGAGCAAGUGGCCUGCAAGAAAGCGCCAGUGAGGUCCUGCUCAGGAGAGGCAGCGAAGCUGUGUCCGUGUUCUCCUCGGUACUUUGCUCCCGGUUCUCUCCACAACCCCAACUAGGCUGCGCCCCACUGUCUGCCUGCAGCGAUUGAUGUUCGUGUGUAGCCGCUCCGGGCUCGCUGUUGCCCAUGUUGUAGUCGUGCGUUUCCCUUCGUUUCCUGGUGCUGUCGAGUGGUGCGAGACGGGGAGGAGGUGCUCCCCUGCCCCUUCGCUUGGCUCCCACGUGGGGGCGGGCGUAACUAAAACCGUCCCUGCUGAUUGGCUCUCUUUCACGUGAGGGUGGAGCCUGGGGCAGCCCGGACGCCGCACUCGGGUGUUAGCUGCCCAGAAGCCGAGGGAUUUAAAUUGUUGGUCGCCAUUCCGCCUCUUCGGCCCCCAAACUCCAGCUGCUGGAAUCCGCCCCCAGAGGGUCCCAUUGAGUUUUAUUCGCUAGGUGGGGGGCUGGAAAUUGUUAGAGCCGCGAUGGGUCCAGACCCAUCCCCCGCUCCAGUGCGUGUUUGACGGCGGGGGGGAGGGGGAUUCCGAAUCUGAACUCACUCCCUGAUCCACAUUUCUUACCGGCCCCAGCCUCCCUUGUGGGCUUUGGCGAGUUUGAGAUCUGCCGCCCGGCUCCCAGCCCAGGGUGAGCUGAGCGGGGGACAGGUCUCGGGAGAACCCACUGCCCGUGACACCUGUUACCCACCCAGCGCCUGUUCCCAGGUGCGACAGCCAGCCCCUGUGUGCGUGUGCAUGACCACUGCUGCACACUCAAAGCAUUGCAAGCAGCUGGUUCCUGUGGUAGUUUGUGUUGGGUUUGCACAGGGCUCCAGGGACCACUCCCCUUGUGUUUCGGUUCCACUGACUGUAGCUGCCAUACAACACAGGGCGGCUGGAAGAGCGCCUGGGAGACGAUUGCAGCUGUAACCUCCUGUCCCCACGGGCCCUGGCUGCGGAGGAGACAGCAGACAAGUCAGUUGCGUUUAUUUCCCAGACUGCUCCUUCGCGCUGGUCCAAACCCAGGAGAGCUCUGUGCAGCGUGUGGCUUGUCCCUGCAGCACCCUCCUCUCUGGGCUUCUGGCUAAACUCUCCCCCAAGAAUGAUUGUUAAAGGUGCUGAAACGCUGCCUUGGACGAGUCAGUCUGGAGCCCCUGUGCAGCAAGCACCCUGCUCCCUCCUCCCGUUGGCGGGACUGCGGGAUGGGAGGGGGUUCCACUGGCUGAGGGCUAAGCUGGUCCUGUUUCAGCAAGUCUCUGCUAAUGAGCCAGUUCUGCCUAUCUGAGGCAGCAGAGAGAUCCGGGGAAACUGCAGCAGUUUGCCACGAGUGCCGCUCUUGGCUGAUUCCUGUGCCGUUCCCUGCCGGGUGGCGCUGCCGGUCAAGACCUUGGCAGGAACGUCCUGUGCAAGUGCAGAGCAGUGACGCUGUCGCGCCCACUUGCUGUACGACCCUCUGUGCUGGCCCAGGGCAUGGAGGGAAUUUCACCCCAAAACUUCCCCAAGUCUGGUCACUCACCCAAAGCGCUGAGCCCCAGGAUGAUGGCCCAGCCCUGGCGGCUUACACGUUACAAGGGGCAAGCUCGUGCGGUCGGGUUACCUCCUCAGCUUCCCAGCACCUGCCAGGCAGAGGCAAACCCCAAAGAGAGAGGAAAGGGGGGAGAGAAAUGAAGUGGCCGAGGGGGGUGCGGGUGGAGGGGGGUGGUGUGAGUUCCAGAGCAUCCGUCUCGGUCCCAAUCCACUCCAGGGAGACUUCGGAAGAGAAGGGUCCAGCCCGGGUCACUCCCAGGAGAGUGGAUGAGCAGAGGGAGGUUGCCUUGGGUUCCAGGACACAGGGGCAGCGGCGUCUGAGCGGGGAAGCACCUCCUGUCCCAGAGUGAAUGUGUUGUGCACCUCCCGCUCUUCUCUUUGUCCGAGCUGUAGCAGGCAGUAAAAUGUCCCUUUUCCUUGGUGGCGUUCCACGAUCCCCAGGGCAAACAAGCAGCCCGUCCCGGCCUGUCCCUGAGCGUUAGCUGUACACGCCCCACCAGUCUCCAUGUUCAGUGUCUGUACUGUGCCGUCGGUAGAAAAUAAUAAAUGUAGAAAAUGGCAAAAUCUUGAAUGUUGUAAAAUCCAACCGCCUGUUGUGUUUUCAUUUUAAUGGGCAAACCUUGCUGCUGCCAUAAAGGACUGUUGUUGUCUGUGUUGUAUCCAGAAUCUAAGGGGGGAGGAAUAAAAUAUCGUUUCUACCGUA